AUGAAGAUGCAUGGCUGGACCUAUUCGAAUCCGUCACCAAAGGCGCUGGUUCAAGAACAAUACGAUGAAUUCCUUCGAUUUGAAGAAGAACGAAUUGCUGCCGACAUUGAAGAGUCUCUGGAUCCGCCAGCAUUUUGUCCAGCAUGUUUGCGCUCGCCUCUGACUGUCACAGAGAAGUCAGCCAAGUGUCGGGGUUGCCCGUUUGUGUAUAAUUUCGAAAGUGGAUCUACUCCACCAACACAAUCAGAGCUGAGAAGACUACUGGCAGAAGGCUUUUUGACCCAUGAGGCAACCGAAUGUACUGUCCAACCAGAAGCUGUACAACUCAACGGCAAGCUUCAACUACGGUGCAGCGAUUGUGGAUUUCACACAGUGAUCAUUUAG